CUUACACUAAUUACACAACCCAAUCAGCAUUUGAUACAGUAUGGUGAUCAUCAAGUUAUUAAUACAUGUCUUAUUCUUCUUCCUCGUUAAUUCUUUUCAUCAAGUUCUUGGUCAGUAUAGCCAACUAAACACAACUUCUUCAUGGCUAAAGAACCACACCAAAUCACUCACACUGCCAUUGGAUAAACCACCAAAGCCGCCGAUUUGUAAAAUUAUUGCUUGCAAACGGUCCGGACCACCAACGGCUCGAAAGAGAUGUUGUCGUAACCAAUGCGUUGAUCUCUUGUCCGAUCCAAACCAUUGCCGGUUCUGUUUCAAGAGAUGUCGGUUUGCUUUGUCUUGCUGCGGUGGAAAUUGCGUAGACACUAACAAUGAUCCUUCUAAUUGUGGACAAUGCGGGAACAAGUGUGAGCCUGGUGCACCUUGUGAAUUUGGUAUGUGUGGCUAUGCUGCUCCUUCGUCUCAGCCUGGAAAACGUCGUCGUCAUCCUAAACGGCCACGUCCUCCUCCUUCACCGAAAAUUGACGGUGAACUUCAUGAUGACCGUGAUGAUGAUGAAUAAAAUCUUACCGUAAGAAGAAAAUGAGAUUGGGAAAUAUUACAUAGACGAUUCGACAACCGACAAUACUACCUGCCUUAUGAAGACCUACGCCUAACUGCAUCACCUGAGUCGUCCUAUGAAGAUCCACGCCUGGCCAGAUUUACUUGCACCAUGUUGAAGAUCCCUUGCAAGCCUUUCCUCUGUAGUCUGCUGCAUAAUUGUUUAAUAAACCGCUCUCUCCGGGACUUGAAACCUGGAUUUCCUGUAAUCUGCAAUAAAUUGCAUAGUCUGGGAUUUGAACCCCAGACCUGGGUGUAGAAGCCUUUAAACCUUAACCAAUAGGCUACGGUGCUUCCACAUUGAGUUUGAUUUGUGUUUAGCUUUCAUCAUGUUUCGUAUGUCGUAGUGUUAUAUGGUCGGUCUAGUUGUUAUGGUUGAUUUACAAAUGAAAUAUCAGUUAUCUUUGGUU